AUGUCUUCGCGCAACGUCGACAUCGCCGUCCUCGCCGAGAUCCUGGAGGAGGUCCUCCGCGACGACUCCUCGGCGUUGGACUUGGUGUCGGCGCUGCCGCUGCCUUGUCGCGAGCGCAUCGUCGCGGCGCACGCGACCCUCGUCUUCCAGACGAGGUCCAGGCCCCUCCCGCCGCACCUCGUCGCUGCCUACCUGCGCGACUUGGGAGGGGCCGAGGCGGCGGCAGUGACCCAGCAGCUGGCGGCGGCGAACAGCUCAUCUUCCUCUUCGACGUCGGCGACGGCUAAGGCGGCUUCGGCGAUGGCGCCCUCCUCCUUCCCCGCCAAGGCGCCGCCGCCACCAUUGCCGACCUCUCCCACGCCCGCCUCGGCGGCGACCAUUCCGACGACGGCGCCGGACCCGGUACCUUCCGUGGCUGGCGACGCCCCAUCCGUCGUUGAGCCGGAACCUGAGGGCCCGGCGGAUCUCCCGCCGGUUGGCCAGCCGGUCUCCUAUGGCCCGCCAUCGUCGUCGGCGGGCGGCAGGCCCUUCAUCCCAGCGGCCAUGGACGACGACUCCGAGGAGGUUGUCGCCCCCACCGUCGCCAUGGUCGCGCAGAUCUCCGACUCCGACGACGAGCCGCCGGCCGUGGUGCUCUCCGGCGACCUCCCGUCGACCCAGAUCACCAACGUCGCGCCGGACGCCGUGGAGCCCGUCGUCGUCGCCGCGGAGCCGAUCCCCGACGCCUCCAACGACACGAUCACCAUGGCGCCGUCGUCGGGCAUGAGCACGGCGGUGGACCAGACGCCGGCCAAGGCGAAGCCGUCGCCAUACAAGUCGCCGCCGUUGCCGCCACCCCCGGCGCCGGCCGCUUUCCCCAACGCGGCUGAGGCGGCCCUGGCGGCGGACUUCGGCUUCACAUCGGCGGCGGAGUGGCUGCAGCAUCGGCGCGUCGAGCUGGGCCAGGAAGGCUUCGCCGCGGUGCCCAGGACGGCACGCGCCGGCGACGCCUGCCCGCCGGCCACGACGCCGGCGCGCCUGGAGGAGAUCCAGCGCCAGAUUGACGCCGAGUUGGCGUCCGAUCCCUCCAUGGCCCCGCGGCCGAAGAAGGCGCCGCCGCAGCUGCCGUCGAAGUCGGCGCCCUCCGCCUUCCCCGCUGCCAAGGCGCCGCCGCCGCCGCUGCCGCCCCAAGACGCGGAGCUGGACAGGCUCCACGUCGCGGCGCUCCAGGAGACCCGGGACAACGCCCGGGCGGCGGCGAGACUGGAGGCCGCCGUCGCCGCCAACGGCGAGGAGUACGUCGCCUACAAGGCCAGGGUGGAGCGUCGCGGCGCCAGGGCGGAGCAUCUUCCGGCGCCCUCGUCGGACCUGGCGCGGCUGCUGGUCUCGACGUACGGCGACCUCGUUCGGCGGGAGGAGGCCACCGCCGACGGCGCCGUCAUGCCCAGGGCGGCGGAGGCGCCCUACUGGGUCCUCACGGCGUUGCCGACGGGCGUCUGGGCGCGAGCACUUCAUCGUCGGUUGGUGCGCUCACCGGUGCUCCAAUCCGGACCGACAUUCGCCGCAUUUUUGCGCCGAGUGCCACCGCCCUCGGCACCAGAAGCAUCGGCGCGAAUUCGAAGCACGACGCCCCUGAGCGGCGCUGCCCCCCCCGCGAAGUCGGGGGGCCAUCUUCCGUCGCCUGCCGCGCUACAGCUUUUCGGCGUGGCGGCGGCUGCGCUGAUCGCGCAUCUCUUCGGCGCAUCCCUGGAAAAAAGGACCUUUGGUUCGAUCAUGGCGCUCGCCGCUGACGUCGUCGCUGGAUCCUUCGGCGAGCUGGCAGCCGCUGUGCAGGCGAUCGGCCUGCAGCGCCAUCUGCCGGCGAUUGCGGGCUGCGGGGUCAGCCGCAUAGGCGACCUCCAUUCGGCGGCCAGUUCGCUCCUCGCUGCCGGCGUACCGGCGCAGGAUAUCGAGAUCCUGGUGACGAUCAGGCCGCCACGACAGCCGGCCCAGGCACCGGAGCCUUUGGCGGUGCCGGGCCGCCCGGAUGUGCCGGUCCGUCGCCGUGAGGCCUCGGCGUCACUCGCAGCGGCACUGGAGGCGGCGGUGCCGGCGAACAGGAAGAGGGCCCUCGACGCCCUCGACGCCGGCGUUCUGGCGAGCUCCUCCAGGCGGCCGGUGGAGUCCAGGUUGAGGACGUGGCGUCGCCUCGCCAGGGAGCCGUGGCCCAUCGACGUGGAGCUGGUCCGCUGCCUGGCGGCCUCCUUCAAAGCCGGCGCAUACAGAUCAGCGCAGAACUACUUCGACGCCGCUGUGUGGUUUCAGGAGGCUUACCUCCACACGCCGGUAUCGCCGCUCGUCAAGAAGGCGAUCCGGCGCUAUGUCAGGUCGGCCACUAGAGGCCUGCCCGGCGCCAACCUGAAAGACGCCUUCCCGUUCGACGCGGUGGCGCUGCGGUGGCGCACCUCGACCUCGACGCCUUCCGUCUGCCUCGCCGUGCCGCUGCACAAGGUGGCCCAGGGGGGCGAGCGGGACCUCACGCGGCGAUCACUUCGCUGCGUCUGUGAGGCCCGGGUCCACCAGCUGUGCCCCGUCCACGCGGCGGAGAGGCACUGCCGGCGGUUGAGAGGCGCGGGUCGCACUCACCCCGACGGCCCCCUCUUCCCUGGCCCCGACGGCGACGGCUUCUCCAAGAAGGAGUUCUUCCAGGCGGCGGCCGGCGUCCUCACCGCAGCGGGCGUCGAUUGCUUCUUCGUCGACACGGCGGGUCGGAAGCGUCCCAGGUUUCAGGGGCAUUUGGCCCGAGUCGCCGGUGCCACAUUCCUGGCGGCGAGGGGUGUCCCGCUUCCGGUGAUCCAGCUUCUGGGGCGCUGGUCGUCGUGGGGCCGGGGCCACAACGGCGAUCGCGGCGGCCUCUUCUCCGUCGCCCUGGACUUCUACGACGAACUCGUCCAGGAGCUCCACGAGUUCACCGUCGUGUCCCUCUGGCCAAGGCUGUGGUGGGCGACGAUCGACUGGUCCGAGUUCACGACGCACCCCCUCUCCGGCGAGGCGCUCUGGCGCAAACUCCGCAUCGGCGCCCACAGAGCGGCGGAGAACGACCUCCACGUCGGCUGCCUACGUUUCGACGACGCCGUCAGAGCGGGCCGGGUCCUCCUGCCGUGUGCCACGACACCGGCGGAAGACGAGAACGGCCGCCCGGCCCCGAAGUCCUGCAGGGGCAGGGUCGCCGACGACGUCCGGGACCGGUGGCUGCGCGAUCGGCGCCAGUUCGCGCCCUGGCGCUACAGGCAGGAGGCGAUGAUGGCCGACGAAGCCGGGCGCCUAGUCGUCCCACCGCCGCUGGUCAAGGAGGCGCUCCACCACUUGCCCAAGGACUACACGGCGGGCCACGACGACAGGGUGCGCCACCGCCUCAUCGGGAACGGAUGGCGCUGGGGAGUCGCGUCCCGCCUCCUUUCCAUCGUCGUCGUGGCGUCCAUUGGCCGGACCGAGGCGCACAACCCACCGGCGGGGCCGCCUUCGUCGUCGACGCUGCAGUGGCUCCAGACCCUGCGCGGAUCGGCCCUUUGGCCCAUGGACCCCCCGCCGCGAGCCAAGCCGGCCGCCGUCGACGAGGCCAUCUCGGAGGAGGACCACUGGAGGAUGGCCACGGCGGCGAGGCAUGCCCUGAUGACGCCGGAGCCCGCCCUGGAAUGGGUGCUCAAGGUGGCGAACAUGUGGCGCCAUGACCUACGGCGCAUACGGCGGGGCGUGGUCCAGGAGCUCAAGUCCAUGGUCGAGGACAUGGAGGACACGACGGAGGAGUGGCUGGCGCGUCGUCCGUUCCCAGUCCGGUCGACGUACUCCACCCCGGACAGGGACAGACCGACGCAAGUUCCGCUUCUGCUCCACCUCCUGCGGGACGCCGGCUACCCCGACGUCAAGUCCCUCUCCGACGACCUCUCCGACGGUUUCGACAUGCUCGGUGAGAUCAAGCCCGGGCCCGGUUGGAAGGCCAGGGACGACGAUAGGUACUCCAACCCGGCCACCAUGCAGGAGCUCAGGUCGGCGAACCGGCGCUACCUACUCAAGAGGCUGCCUACGGCCAGGACUGUGGCGCUGCCCCACCUCGAGGACAUGACGACGCUCGUCGAGCCGCCGGACCAUGACAUCUUCGUCGCGGCGUCCUUCCCCAUCAUCCAAGUCGACGAGAACGGCGACGAGAAGCUGCGUCGAGGCGAGGACUGGAGGCGGUCCGGGCACAACAGCACGGUCAAGGCCACCGACGUCCCGACGCACCACUUCGUCGGCGACUUCGUCGACCUGGCGCGUCGCUUCGCGCUUCUCGGGGUCACGCCGCUGGUCCUCGGUCAUGACCUCCUAUCGGCGUAUAGACAGUGGGCAGUCAAGCGCCCGGCGCACUCGGGCACCUUCCUGGCCACGGAGCACGGCGUGACGCUGUGGUUCCACCUUGCCAUGUGCUUCGGCGCCGCGGCGUCGGUCUGGAACUUCAACCGCGCCGGCGACGCCCUUCAGGUCUUGCUGCGCCACCUGCUCCUCCUGGCGGUGGGGCACUAUGUCGACGACUUCAACGCCCUGGACUUCCCAGAGGCCGCCCAGGACGCGCAUGACGCCUUCUCCGACGUCUUCUCCCUUCUGGGACUCAAGACGAAGGCGUCCAAGGCGCAGCCCCCACAGCCGGCGCAUACCGUCCAGGGCGUCCUGUUCGAGGUCACGUCGCAGGGCGUCCGGCUCUCCCCGACGGAAAGGCGUCGGAAGAAGCUCCUGCUCGCCAUCGAGGAGGCGUUGUCGUCGGACCAGCUGGCGCCGCACGUCGCCCACCGCCUGGCUGGCAAGCUGGCCUUCCUCACGCAGGCAGCUUUUGGUAUUGAGGGACCCAAAGCAGGGGAGUUCCCCAGCACAGGGCUUCAGUUUUUGGAAGUCCAUGAGUUUCUCAUCAAGGAACUUUUGCUGGCCACACCGAGAGUCACUGCUGGAUUGGUUCAGGAAGGUUGCAAUGCAUGCUUUCAAGGCCUGGAUCAAGCAGUGGCCGUCUCGUUCAGUCAAGUGGUGGCAAGUGCUUGCAAGUUGGUGUGGGACAAAAAGGGCCAGGUACUGAGUGGUAAGAAGCUCAAGCCGGAUGCUUUGAGAAGGUUGGUCAUGGUGCUGGCCGGGCCCAGGAGGUCUCUUGAGCAAGGGACGUUUUUGAAGAAGCAAAAGGAGAGUGCCUCAGGCUCUGGCUCCCGCCUGUCCACUGGAUCAACAGCCAGCUCCUCUGGAGGUGCUUGUCUUGAGAGCGAGCUCGGUGCCUUGGCAGCCUCCUAUGGCUUGCCAGCAGCGCCGGCCAAGGCAAAUGCUCUUGUCCCGCCAGUUGGUGUUUCAGAUGACGAAUCGCCAAAUGCACCAGCUGCAAUGGAGAUUUCCUCCUCGGAGGAGGUGCCCAGCAGCAGUGCCAAGAGCAAGGCGAAAGCUUCUGCCCCUCAGCCUCGAAAGCUUUCAGGCAAGCCGAGCCUCGGGGCCUACGAUGCGAACAGGGCUUGCAUGGUGAGGACCGAAAAAGGUAGGCUCUACGAAGCCGACAUGACAGAAGGCACCGACGGUUUCAUGUAUGCAGCUUAUGGGACGAACAAGCCCGAGAAGACAGAAGUGCCUAUUCUCCUCUGGAAGAAAUCCAUGGAGGGGAAACUUAAGAGGCAGGGUGAACCUGUCCUGAGGAAGCCCGCUGCAGCUAAGAAGGCUGCCAGCAAGGCUGCUGCUGCUAAGCAGCCUUCGAAGAAAAGGCCGGCUGCAGCUCCUGUCAGCUUGCCGCCUCCUAUAGAGGAGGAGGACGAGGACAACCAUCGUGACGAUGCAGAUGAGCAGCAGCAAGCGGAAGCACAUCCAGGGGGUGAGCUCGUGCAACAGGAUCGCGAGCAGCAGGUGCCGGAGCAGGAGGUGCCGGAGCCGGAGCAAGGGUCGGGCAAAGUGCAUCGCUAUGCUGCCAUGUACUACAAGGCUCCGAAGAACGAGAUUGCCAUCUGCAAGUAUUGGCGAGGCCGGAAGGACAUCCUGAGACGACAGCUGUGUGCGGCCAAGUCAUCUUUCGACAAAGACACGAGCUACAAGAAGGCUGAGCCGAUUUGCAAGCAGCUGAUGGAGCAGAAGCUGUUGGAGGCAGACUGCAAGGAGGCAGCAGUGCACAAGUCGAUCCUGCAUGCAUGCAUAGAUCGUCAGGUGGUGUCAUGGCAAACAUCUCCGAAUUGGCAUGGGGAUCCUCCAGACCUUGCAUUACAGACCUUCGUGAAUGCAACUACUGCCAUUACGCCCAAAGAAGGCCCCUGGCACAGGGGCAAGCAGGGCGGCGAUCGCCCCAAGCGAGACUGGAGCUGGUCCGAGUGGACCAAGAGCACCACAGCCGCGGUCGUCCAGGAGAAGCUCCUGGAGAAAGAGAUCACAAAAAUCAAGCAAGAGCUCGAGUCCUCCUCCUCUGAGGAGGAGGCGAGCGACUCCGACGAGGCGGCCGGGGUGGCAGGGCCGGUCAAGACCAAGAGGGCAUCCGAGUCCCUUCUGGUUGCUUGGCCCAAGAAGCGGCCCCGAUCUCGAGCAAGCGAGGCAAGUGUGGUGCCGAUCUCGGACAGCGGUACCGGCAAGGAGGUGCCUGCUGCAGAGCAAGUCACCGAGGACCUGGGUGCUGGCCCUGCCCCGGACAAGGCCCCGGAGGGCGACAAGGAGGGCGAGAAGGAGGGCGAGAAUGAGAAGGAGGCCCCGGUGGUCGAGGAGGAGGCCCAGAAGGAUCUCGAGAAGGAGAUCUCGACCGAUGCCCAGGGGGACAAGGCCGGUGAUCAUGUGGUCGACGACGACAAAAUCCAGGAGGUGUCGUGCAAGAUCACUCGCAAGAGUCGCAAGAAGAACAAAGGCCGAGCGAGGGUCUUGUGGCUGCAACACCAGAUUGCAGAGCUGAAGUCGACAGGUCGCUGGGUGGGGUCAGAAUGUCCGAAUGCAGCCGACAGGGACAGGCGCCUCGAAGCCGAAGCACAGGGGUCGGCAUGGUAA